UCCUGUUGAGAAACUUCAGCCCAUAAUUGAGACGCAAUUAAAAUCCCCCGAGGAAGAAGCUGGGAAAGACAUUGAUCAAUCAUUACCUUCCCAUCCAAAGAUCCAGUCUUACACUCCACCUAUACCGUUUCCUCAACGACUGAAAAAGAGAGAUAAUGAUAAUAAAUUCAAGAAGUUUAUGGAAGUUUUUACCAAAAUUCAUAUAAACAUUCCUUUUGCAGAGGCCAUUUCUCAAAUCCCUACCUAUGCAAAGUUUCUGAAGGAGAUAUUAACCAACAAGAGGAGGCUAGCUGACUAUGCCACUGUUGCUCUAACAGAAGAGUGCAGUGCAGUUCUUCAAAACAAGUUGCCUCCCAAGCUUAAAGAUCCUGGAAGCUUUACAGUACCAUGUUCUAUGGGAAACAUUGGUGAGGUAAAAUCUCUUUGCGAUUUAGGGGCUAGUAUUAACUUAAUGCCAUAUUCUCUUUUCAGGAAACUUGAUGUUGGUGAGUUGAAAGCCACCACAGUAUCUCUGCAGCUGGCCGAUCGCUCUAUUCGGCAUCCUAUUGGGGUGUUAGAAGAUGUUCUCGUUAAGAUAGGGAAAUUCUACUUCCCAGUAGAUUUCCUUGUCUUAGAUAUGGAAGAGAUGGAGAUACCAGUUAUCCUCGGGCGCUCAUUCCUAGCUACUGCAGCUGCGGUUAUCGAUGUGCAAGCCGGAACAGUCAAACUUAGAGUGGGGGAUGAGGAACAAGAGUUCCAUGUAUGGAAAUCAUUGAAGAAGCAUCCGUCAGAACCUGAAUGCUUUCAGGUUGAUAUGAUUGAAACAUUAGUGCAGGAUGUUUUUGAAACGGAGUUCUAUGAAGACCCUUUGUUGGCUUGCUUGACAAGAGGAUCAACUGAAAGAGAAGAGAAUCUGAAACUAGCUGAAGAAGUGAUGUUUCUGGAGGAAGGCAGAUCCCACCGCACUUUCUUACAUAGAUUUGAAGCACUAGAAAGAGAAAAAUCAGAAGUAAAUGCUUCCACAAGUUGUCCAACUAAGCCAAGUUUGAAGCCUCUCCCACCAAAUCUCAAGUACGUGUUCCUAGGGGAGGACUCAACUUUUCCAGUAAUCAUUUCAUCUACACUUUCCAGGGAGCAAGAAGAUAAGUUGAUGAGAACUUUGAGACAUCAUAAAGCUUCACUUGCCUGGUCUCUUGCUGAUAUCAAGGGGAUAAGCCCUUCCAUAUGUAUGCACCGGAUUCUUAUGGAAGAAGAUCAUAAGCCCACAGUUGAACACCAACGGCGACUCAAUCCUAACAUGAAGGAAGUAGUACGCGCAGAGGUCCUUAAGCUACUGGAUUAUGGGAUUAUUUUUGCUAUAUCAGACAGCAAAUAUGUUAGUCCAGUUCAGGUUGUUCCUAAAAAGGGUGGUAUCACUACUGUGCUGAACGAGAAGAACGAGUUCAUACCCACCCGCACCAUCACAGGUUGGAGAAUGUGCAUCGACUAUAGAAAGUUGAAUUCUGGAACCCGAAAAGAUCACUUUCCAUUACCAUUCAUAGAUGAGAUGCUCGAGAGGGUGGCUGGACAUGCAUACUACUGCUUCCUUGAUGGGUUCUCUGGAUUUUUUCAGAUUGCCAUAGCACCGGAGGACCAGGAGAAAACUACAUUUACCUGUCCUUUUGGAACUUUUGCUUAUAGGCGAAUGCCGUUUGGCCUAUGCAACGCACCAGGGACUUUUCAGCGCUGUGUAAUGGCCAUAUUUUCAGAUAUGAUCGGCGACAUCAUCGAAGUCUUCAUGGAUGAUUUUUCUGUGUACGGUGAUUCCUUUGACAUAUGCCUUCAGAAUCUGAAUCGCGUUUUGGAAAGAUGUGAAGAAACUAAUUUGGCUCUGAAUUGGGAAAAGUGUCACUUUAUGGUGACUGAAGGGAUCGUUUUAGGCCAUAAAAUUUCUGCAAGUGGCUUAGAAGUUGACAGAUCAAAGGUUGAAGUAAUUGAAAAAUUACCUCCACCUACUUCAGUUAAAGCAAUCCGCAGUUUUCUUGGGCAUGCAGGCUUUUACAGAAGAUUUAUAAAAGAUUUUUCAAAGAUAGCCAAACCUCUCUGUGAGCUUUUGUCAAAAGAUGUUCCUUUCAAGUUUGACAUCUCAUGUAUGAAGGCUUUUGAGAAGCUGAAAGAAGCCUUAAUCUCUGCACCAAUCAUUACCUCACCUGACUGGUCAUUGCCUUUCGAAUUGAUGUGUGACGCAAGUGACUUCGCUAUUGGGGCUGUUUUGGGGCAAAGGAAGGACAGCAAGUUGCAUGUCAUCUACUAUGUGAGCAGGUUGUUAAAUGAGGCUGAAGUGAACUAUACCACUACAGAGAAAGAGUUCUUGGCUGUGGUAUAUGCAUUUGAUAAAUUCCGGUCAUACUUAG